CAGUCUGUAGAGUCCUCUUACCCAGCUUCCUCUCUUUCGUGUACUCUAACUGCCCGUCACGUUGUCUAACAUGUCUUCACACUUGGUGCGUAAUCCAGGCAUUCCGCUAGAUUUAGAGUGGGUAGGUAGGACAAGAGUUAACCUUCCUGCUGUAAAACGACGGGCUGAUACGCUCAAGACUCGCCGGUCAGUAAAGAAGCAAUGGCAAGCGGCAUGGCUUUUGAGAGCAGUGACUUGUAUCGACCUUACCACCCUGUCUGGGGAUGACACCGCGACGAAUGUGUCCCGACUCUGCUUCAAAGCGCAAAAUCCUGUAAGGAAAGACUUACUGGAAAGCAUGGGUAUGGCGGACAAGGGAAUAACUACAGGUGCUAUUUGUGUGUACCCGUCUCGUGUCCCAGACGCCGUAAAGACUCUCGAGAAUCUUAACUCCAAGGUUCCAAUUGCUUCAGUGGCUGCAGGAUUCCCAGCAGGUCAGACACCCCUCAAGCAAAGACUAGAAGAGAUAGAAACUGCAGUAGCUUCAGGUGCCACAGAGAUUGACAUUGUGAUCAGCAGAGCAUUUGUUCUGGAGGGUAACUGGGAAGCACUUUACAAUGAAGUACAGGCAAUGCGCAAAGCUUGUGAAGAAGCCCAUCUUAAGACAAUCAUUGCCACAGGUGAACUUGGCUCUCUAACAAAUGUUUAUAAAGCUAGUCUGGUUAGCAUGAUGGCUGGUUCUGACUUCAUUAAAACAUCAACUGGUAAAGAGUCAGUUAAUGCUACAUUUCCUGUCGCACUGGUUAUGGUGCGGGCAGUCAGGGAUUACUAUCAGCAAACAGGUCACAAGGUAGGCUUUAAGCCAGCCGGUGGAAUCCGCAGUGCUAAAGAUGCCCUAACAUGGCUCUCUUUGAUGAAAGAAGAACUUGGGGAUGAUUGGACACAUCCUGAUCUGUUUAGGAUUGGUGCCAGUUCACUGCUGGGAGACAUAGAAAGGCAACUUUUCCACUUUGUAACUGGAAGAUAUGCUGCUCAACAUGAAAUACCUAUGGCAUGAGGAAUAGUACAUUUAGGCUUAACAGUGUUAGAGAAUACAAUGGAUAUUUUUAAAGGGAAAGGGACUGAAUUAGUCUUUGACAUUAUGUAAUUGGACAAAAUGCAUACACUUGGAGAAAUAUUAUACACACUCAUGGAAAAGGCCAAUUUUUCAUCAGAACUUUAAAUGUGACUAUUUAAAUAUGGUUUAUAAAUGAAACUGCUCUUUUGAAAUUAUGUGAUAGGUUUAUUGCAAUUGAGGUGUUAAAAUUGAAAACAUACACACAUUCCCCAACUUGAUUUAUCGUUUUACUGGAAGGUUGAAAAUGAUCAACACCAUUUUUUCUUUUUGCAAGGUGUUACAAAAGUAAUUGAAAAGUAUGUGAAACGUUUGCGAAAAAUCUUAACCUUAUAAGGCAGUGUUUUCACAUACUUUUCAGCUAGUUCUUGACACCUUUUUGAGAAAAAUUUGGGUCCAAGCAUGCACUUGAGAGCCUCUAUGGUAGAUUAAGCCUUUACUUUCAAAAUAGGGCUUUCAUAUAUGAGAUGACCGAGUACUGGGAAUUAUGCCCAGUGAUUGGUUCCCAGGAUAGAAUUGGUAUUCUAGUUAAAAAAAAAAUUCUCAUCUUCUGAAGAUCACAUCAAUAAUUUGCAGCACUUUCUGUGUUGCUAGUGAUAUUGCAGUUAUAAUUAUUUAUGGCAAGCCAAACUUAGUAAAAGGUGAGAUGAGUGUCAAGUCAACAGUUGAGUUUCUGUAGUUAAGUUUAAGAGGACAACCAGAUUCAGCAAGUCUGCAAAUACUGUAAUAGCGAAUCAUAAUAACUUACAGUAUAUCAUAAGGAAAUCACUUGCACUUUUUCUAUCUUAUCUGUGUAAUUUUUUAAUCAUAUAAGCCCUGGUGAUAUAAGCAAAAUAAAGUGAUAAUUUUGCAGCUGAA